CUCAAAACACAAUGAGAGGCAAAGCGCCAUAAAAGCCCCAAAAUGACUUCGUCGUCGUCGUCGCUGUCUGCGACGUUGACUGCGCUGCGCUGCGCUGCCUUUACACCAACUACCUGUGGAUGGUGGUCAGACCAAAGCGAGAGAGCGAGAGCGAAGAAAUUGAGAGCGCCAAAGAGCGCAGCAACCGGGCGAUCGGCAGCGAGCAAAGCAAAAGCAAAAGUUUUUCCCAAUCACUUUUACUCUCUACGGAACGCCAAAAUCAACAGUAGCAGGCAGCAGGCAGCAGCAACAAAAACAUUGCCCAGGGCGCUGCAAGGCAGUUUACUUAACCUGCAAGUUGUUGGUGUUGUUUUUUCCAUUUGCUUUGGCUUUGUGAGUUGCAUGCAAGAAAUAAAGUCAAACUGCUGUGACUCCGCAUUGCGAUAACCGCUAGACUCCUUUAUGUCGCUAUUAAUGACACAGCACUUUGACUUUGCGAAGCAUGUGACGUCACUGUAGAGCCACAGAGACGCACACAUACAGCACACACGCAAAAACAAACCAAAAGCUACUCGUAUACGUAUUCGAAUAUAGUGACGAACUGCUGCCGAAACGACUUUAAGUUUGUGGGCGUUCGCUUUCAUUUUCGUUUGCUGCUCAGAGAGCAAUUGUGGACCCAAGAGCAAAAGCAAUAGCAACAACAAAAACAACUUAGUCGGUACUCCAACGCACUUCCCCCUCUCUAACACAUUUUGUAUUGUGUUUGAGCUGCUUGCUGCUUAGAAGGAAAUAAAGCUUUAGAUGCACUGCUUGUUG